AGCGCUCGGGACUUGCUGAUAGUAGUGACGGCGGCAACAUGUCUGUGGCGUUCGCAGCCCCGAGACAGCGAGGCAAGGGGGAGAUCACUCCCGCAGCGAUUCAGAAGAUGUUGGAUGAAAAUAACCAUCUCAUUCAGUGUAUAAUGGACUAUCAGAAUAAAGGAAAGACUUCAGAGUGUUCUCAGUAUCAGCAGAUGUUGCAUACAAACUUGGUCUACCUUGCUACAAUAGCAGAUUCUAAUCAAAAUAUGCAGUCUCUUUUACCAGCACCACCCACACAGAAUAUGCCUAUGGGUCCUGGAGGGAUGAAUCAGAGCGGCCCUCCCCCACCUCCGCGCUCCCACAGCAUGCCUUCAGAUGGAAUGGUAGGUGGGGGUCCUCCUGCACCACACAUGCAGAACCAGAUGAACGGCCAGAUGCCUGGGCCUAAUCAUAUGCCUAUGCAGGGACCUGGACCCAAUCAAAUCAAUAUGACAAACAAUUCCAUGAACAUGCCUUCAAGUAGCCAUGGAUCCAUGGGAGGUUAUAACCAUUCUGUGCCAUCAUCACAGAGCAUGCCAGUACAGAACCAGAUGACAAUGAGUCAAGGGCAACCCAUGGGAAACUAUGGCCCCAGACCAAAUAUGAAUAUGCAGCCAAACCAAGGUCCAAUGAUGCAUCAGCAGCCUCCUUCUCAACAGUACAAUAUGCCACAGGGAGGUGGGCAGCAUUACCAAGGCCAGCAGCCACCUAUGGGCAUGAUGGGCCAAGUUAACCAAGGCAAUCAUAUGAUGGGUCAGAGACAGAUUCCUCCCUACAGACCACCUCAACAGGGCCCACCCCAGCAGUACUCAGGCCAGGAAGACUAUUAUGGGGACCAAUACAGUCAUGGUGGACAAGGUCCUCCAGAAGGCAUGAACCAGCAAUAUUACCCUGAUGGUCAUAAUGAUUACGGUUAUCAGCAACCGUCGUAUCCUGAACAAGGCUACGAUAGGCCUUAUGAGGAUUCCUCACAACAUUACUACGAAGGAGGAAAUUCACAGUAUGGUCAACAGCAAGAUGCUUACCAAGGACCCCCUCCUCAGCAGGGAUACCCACCCCAGCAGCAGCAGUAUCCCGGGCAGCAGGGCUACCCAGGACAGCAGCAGGGCUACGGUCCUUCACAAGGUGGUCCAGGUCCUCAGUAUCCUAACUACCCACAGGGACAAGGUCAGCAGUAUGGGGGGUAUAGGCCAACACAGCCUGGACCACCACAGCCACCACAGCAGAGGCCUUAUGGAUACGACCAGGGACAGUACGGAAAUUACCAGCAGUGAAAAAGUACUUACAUUCCAAUAGCCAGUAUCUAUUAGCAGCCAUAUUGUCACCUCAGCACUGUGGACACCUCCCUGUGAAGAGAUCCUUCCAUUCCAUCUAGUUUUUGGAAAAACCUUGUGGCUAAGUGGCUGUUUCGUCAGUAAGCAGCCUUUGUGGCUUAGUUGUUUAAAAGGCUUUAGUAGCUCAAAAAUACUCUUAAUUUCACAUUUCUACUCUAGAUGGCAACAUUGGACAGAAAAUACGACAUAACCAAUUUGCAAUGAUUUUGGAACUGUGUUUCAAAUGGACUGUUACUGACUGAAAGGUGUGAACAGCUUUGUAUGUUUAUGAAGGUUAAGGGAAUGUAAUACUUUUCCACAGAUUCUUUUGUAAGGGGGAGAGGGAAAUGUACACUUUUUACAGUAGCAAUAUUUUGUAUAUUAUGUUUAUUUCAUGUGGUAAAUAUGCAAGGCGGUACACUACGUAUUGGACAGAAUCAGAAAUCCUGUUAAUGUGGAUUGGAACAUGGUGUAUGCCUGUUUGUGUUGGUCUCAAAAUGGUGUACUCUCAAGGUAAAGGUGAGGGAGAAGACAAAGCACACCAUAUGUCCACUGUUCAUGUUCUUUACAGGAAAUUCAGAUCCCUUUUAUCUCUUAGAUAAUCAGGGGCACUGUGAUACAGUUUUCAGUAAAAGACAUUUUUUUAAGGCUUUCCAGUUCUGUGGUUUAAAACCUUUUUAUAAAGAUCAUUUAUAAUACAGUUUUAAAAUGUGAGGCAAUAAGAAUUACUUCAUGUUGGAUCUGAAGAGUCUUGGUAACAGUUUCAAGUAAAUGAAAUGGUAAUCCUCUCCUAAAAUAGCAAUAAGUGAAAAUGGAAGUGUUAAUUUUACCUUGUUUGAGCAAUCAGGGAAGUUACUAAGUAAUAUCAGAACAUGUUUUAAACGAUAUCAAAGAAGAGUCAACAUUGACUCCGUUUUAUUUUUAACAUUAGAAGGUUAAUUGGUUUAUAUAAUAGAAUAGUUCAGGAGACUUACAAACUUUUAUUUCAGUUUUCUUAACUGGAAAUAAUACCAUUGAUAAAGGGAUGCUUUUAAGUUUUUCCCUUUUUUAUGUUGGUUAAUAUAACACAAAAGGAUAUUGAGGAAAAUGCUUAUUGAUGAGGUUGAUUAUGAUCUGUAUUAAAAACAUAGAGUUUGCAUUCUAGAUCACUUUGUUCAUUAGCAUCACAUAUUUAGUCAUAUUUGAGACUGUCCUGUGCCUGAUUAUUUUAACUCAAUUCAGGGAUAUUGCAUUAGACAGGAAAUCAUGCAUUGAGAAGUUUGUAACCACAAUUGUUUAAGCAUAAUCUGGAAACAUCUAGCCAAGAGGUAAGUUGCUAUUUUCAGAACAGUUGCCUAUGCCCAGGGAAUAAAAUGUAUACUCUAUAAUUGAAUUGGUUUUUCCCACUUCUAACUGGAAAUGAAACAGAGGGGGUGCCAUUAAUUUGAAUAAGCAAAACAUACUGUUCUCAACAUUCUGUAAUCAAAAAGAAGAAUUUCAGUGUGUCUAUGUGUACGUAUGAAAGAGAGUAUGUGUGUUUUAAAGGGCAGAAUAGUUUGUUUCUUUGUUUUCCAACUUGGUCAGUAGAAAAUGGACUUCAAGUUUGAACAGACAAAGCAUGGACAGCCUUGUUGUGAUUGAAAUGCUUAUAGGUUCUGUGCCAAUUUUCCACCACUGUGUACUUCGUUGCUAUUUAAAACUGUAUCACCUCUAACAGAAGAAUAAAUUAUUUGUGAUUUUAA